CAUUAAGACAGACCUCUAGAUUGAUAAAGAUCAAACAACUAUUGCAAUGGAUGAAUUUGUUUACUACUACGACUACUAUGAUGGCAAUCAGACGGGUAAUAAAACACACAUGCCAUAUGAAUAUCCCUAUAUUAUUGUGGUAUUUGAAGUAUCCCUACUGUUUUUUAUCCUUGCCGGUAACAUCACAGUUUUUGUAGUCAUCGUCGUUGAAGGUCAAAGGUCAAGGAUGCACUUCUUUAUUAAGAAUUUAGCUAUUGCAGAUAUGUUAUGUGGAGUGUUUUAUUUGAUUCCUCGUAUCGUCCUACAUUUCAAUCAUGGAUUGUUUUAUGGUGGAGAUGCACUGUGUAAAUUACAAGUGUUUCUUUCAAAUAUUGGAAUUUAUGGGUCCAAUACGAUCAUGAUCGCCCUGAGUAUCGAUCGUCUUUACAUUCUCCUCAGACCGUUAGGAAGUCUGGAGAAUAGAGAAAGAAGUCCGACGGUGAUUUGUUGUCUUUGCUGGUUGAUUGCAACCGUUGUAUCUGUAUCAGGGCCGAUUGUUUUCGAAUAUGAUGAGUAUUUUCAAGCAUGCGACCUUAAACUCACUUUGAGGGAAAUACAGAUCUAUUUUACCAUCAUCUUUAUCUUUGUUUUCGUCAUCCCCACUAUCAUCAUCGUAGGAUGUUACUCUACGAUAGCUAUAAUUAUAUGGAGGGUGUCAUCAAAAACAGAAGAUGUUGAGUUACAAGGAAUCUCAUCUACAAUCAAACAUGAAUCGGAAUUAUUGACCUCAAAACAGCACACAGAUUCCUCGGGGAUAUCAAAUGCCAAACUAAAGACCAUUAAGAUGACAUUUGUCAUUGCACUUGCCUUUGUGUGUUGUUGGGCGCCUUUCAUGAUUUUCAAUUUACUGUCUGUAUAUGAUAAAGUGCCAGCAAUGGAACCAGGAAGUUUAUUCAUUCAGGGUCUACUGCCACUGAACUCGGUCGUCAAUCCUCUCAUCUAUGGCGUCUUCAGCGUCCGAGUAUUUCAAGAUUGCUGGGGAAAAUUCACUAGCAGAUUACAGAACGGGUGAAGAACUACUGAAAUUGGAUUAAAUGACUGAAGAGUUAAAACAUCUGUACAAGUGUGUCAGUUUAUGUGUUUGUAUCCAUUGUGGCAGAGCUUUUAUGUCGCUAUAUGAGACAAUCUUCUCUAUACACAGAGUUUAAAGAUCAUUAAGAUGAAUGUACAUGUCUAAAUGUAAUAUAACUAUCUUGACUUAAGGUAAUAAUGAUAUCAGAACCAGAUUUUAAUUUGUUUUUUUUUUUGUACUUCAUUGUUU